AUGGCUGAUGCUAUCAAUAAAGCAGCGUUGAAGGAGUUUGGAGAAGAAAUUCUUGUCAAGGUAGCGGAACUAAUCAGUGUAGGAGUGGAUCAGAGGAAGAAAGAGAAAGAAGUGGAAGAGGAGAAGCCGCCAAAAGUUUCGUUAAAAGGGAUCCAGAAGAACAUCGAUUUUAAUUUCAAAAUAAAGAAUGUUUUGAGUAAAGCGAUGGCAGCCGAUGAUCUGGAGAAUGGAGUGAAAGAGGUUCUGGAGUUAAUCAAGUCUCGAAACGGAGAAUUGUUGUUGCUGGACUCGGAUCCGAAUUUGCUACAAACGAAAGAGAAGUUGGACGCGCUGAAGGCGAUUUCUGGAGGAGAUUCGGAAGGAUCUUCGACUCAAGCCGAUAUGACGUCGAUUCUGCUCCUGUCUAACCUUACUGGAAUAGCUGGAAAUAAAAGUGGAGACAACAGUGGUUUCGAUCAGAGGGUGUUUUCCGAGGCCAGGGAAAUACUCGGCAAAAUGGAGGCCAAGGUUAUGGAGGCAGAGACGGCAAGAGAAGCAUCCGCUGCUACAAAUGCCAAGGAUAUGGGCACUAUGCCAAUGAUUGUGAACAACGAAGAGACAAUUUUACCAGAACCACAAGGCCUCAGGCCGUCGGUAAAACGACAUGAAGAGUUCUUGAUUGUAGAAAUUAAGCGGUUGGAGGGAGAAGGUGUCGUCGUCAGAGUUGAAGAAGAGCCGAGAUGUGUGUCCCCGCUCCACGUUGUGGAACAAGGUGACAUUGGUGUGGCGAAGGCAAGAUGGAUGAUGCAGGUGGUCGGCGAAAACCAGAAGAAGAAGAGUGAGUCGAAGAUGGCAAGGAAGAACAAGUCUCCAGGUGAGGAAAAAGAGAUUGAGUUCUGGAGAGCGAGAGGCGCAGAACUUUUGAGAAGAAAUUUAUUAGAAGUUGAGUCAAAGCCCGACUUAUUCCUGUAUACCGAUGCCUCUGCGCGUGGUAUUGGAGGCUUGUUAAAGAAUGAGAGGCAGGAUAUUUUGUGGAAAAUGACAGAAAUCGGCGAUGGAAACUUUGAAAAACAGUCGAGCGCUUGGAGAGAGUUGACCGCGGUCGAAGUGGCUUCGGCGAGAAUAAGUUCAAACCUGAAAGGGAGAGUUCAGGUGUUAGUCGAUAGUCAGGCAGCCGUGAGCGUGUUGAGAAGAGGCUCCAUGAAGCCAGAGCUGCAUUCUUUAGCUGAGAGAGUGUGGCAUAACUUGGAGAACGUCGAUAUCCCGAGUUUGGAACGAGCGGAGUCAACGUCUUCGAGCACGUCGAGAGAGCAGAGCGAAUGGGACUUCCUUGAAGGCCCCAAAAAGGAUUACAUCGAAGAGAUCGAGAGACAAGCAGGGAAAGAAUUCCAGACGCACCUGGACAAGCUCAAAGCGGCUCCACUGGAAUCUAAGGCCUCGUCGACUGCUCUGGCUUAUAAAGCAGAGAACAAGAGGAGGAAGGAUUGGAUAAUUGAGAAGAGACUUCCGUUGAAUGAGUCUUCCUUUUUGUUGUAUUUGGUCGAUCGAGCGAAAGGAAUUGGAAGCAGCGCUCUGUCGAAAAUAUCGGCUGCAUAUCAAGCUGCAAUCUUUUCCUUUCACGUCAUGCUGAGAGCUUCGGAAGCCGCCGAGAUCAAGUGGGAAGGAGUGACGCAAAAAGAUGGGAUGAUUGAGGUACACGUGGAGAAGGCCAAGAAUGACCAGUGGAGACUAGGACGAUCAUCGUUCUUCAACUAUGAUCCAGGAAGUGACGCGGAUAUUCUCAUGUGUAGAUGGAGGAUUCACUCAAGAGGAAAGUGUCCGUACGUUUUCUCGAAUCUUGAUGGUUCAAAGAAACUGACGAAAUCGUCGAUCUCUGCACUAGCCACUAAGAUGCUGGCGGCAAUUGGAAAAUCUGGAGCCACCCAUCACGCUUUCCGGAGAGGAGGAGCGAAUCACAUGAGGGCGACAGGAUAUUCAAUGGAGGAGAUUCAAGCAAGAGGGAGAUGGAGAUCGCUGGCAGGUCUACAACGAUACAUCAAGGAUGUGCCGAGAGCCCAAGGAUGCCUGCAUCCCCAAGAGAACGGAAUUGGAGUCGAGGAGGACGACGAAGAUUUCGAGUAA